AUGAAAAAUAAUGAUAAAAAGGAAGAUGAUAAGGGUUUACACGUAAUUAAAAAAGGAGAGUGUAAAGUAGAUGAAAUACUGUCGAACUAUAAGAUAAACGAUGGUGAAGAUAUAACAGCUUUUGUUGAUACUGGAGCUAAAAUACCUUUUUUAGUAAAAAAUAUGUUGAAGAAAAUGGCAUUAAAAUGA